AUGCUACAUUCUCAUAACUGUUGCAUACAGUCUUUUAAAACUGCGAUCAAGAGUGUUCCAGUAGAUAAUUCUGACUUUAAUGUCGUAAUCCAUGCAAAUAAAGUUCCUUUUGGAGAACACAGAGGACGAUAUAAUGCGCCUUCCACGGGUGAAGUAGCAGUGGUGAUAGCUGGACAGCAAUUUGACAAAAGAGAAAUUGUGUUGAAUAGACGUGAUGAUAAUUUGCAAAAAAAAACAGAGUUACACAGUUCUUAUAACAGCUUACAUUAUCCUUUGCUGCUAUGUCGUGGCGAAGAUGGUUUUGCCAUUAAUGUUUCUCAAGUUGAUCCAAUCAGUAGUGCACCUCUGCGUAAAACAGUGUCAUGUAUAAACUACUAUUGCUACCGUAUACCGUAUUACAAUUUCAACCAUUUGCUUAGAUAUGAAAUGUUAACAACCCAAUACUUCGAUCAAUAUGCGAAAAUUGAAUCUGAGAGAUUGGCCUACAUCCAUAAUAAUCAAACUAAAUUACGAGCAGAAAAUGACGUUCACCUUCAGGAUAAUUCUCCAUGUAUAAUGAGAUUCCAAAUACAGCAAAAAAAAACCGAAGUAGUUCCAAACUCAAACAUCUACUAG